AUGUCGGAGGGUGCCUCGGGGCUGGCCAGGCGGGCGUACUGGCUGUGUGCUAAGCGUGGCUGCGACGCUUGGAACUGGUGUGACAAGCGGUGGACGUGCAAGGUGUGCGGCACCAGUGCUCCCCCCUGGACGAAGGAGUACCGCCCCGACAGGGGCCCCCCGAGAGUGGACGCUGACGGGUUCGUUCAGCAACCCAGGGGAAGGGCUGAACAGCGGGCAGCGAGGCGCUCAGCCUCCCAGCGGGCCCUCUCGGGGAGCACCGCGCCCAGCAGCACCCCCAACAGCAGGGCAAGGCGGGUGCGGCCUCGGGGAGAGGCCAAGGCCCAGUGCGUGGAGCUGCAGGCGCAGCUCGUGGCGGCCAAGGAGCGCGUCGACAAGCUCCAGGAGGCCCUGGCGCUCGGGCUCUCGGCGGACUUCCAGCGGGAAGUGGAGGGCGCCCUCCAGCUGGGCAAGGACCAGGUCGCCGCCUGUGAGCUGGCCGUCCUGGAAGCCCAGAGGACGGACCGCCCUCCUCACUCGGUGCUCCACAUCGAGGCCAACGCCAUUCAGAAGGUCGAGCGCCAGCUGGCCGCGGCACGCACCAAGAAGGAGAAGCUCCAGCUGCAGGCGUCCGAGCUGCGCGAGCUCAUCGCGGAGAAGCAGGAGCAGCUGUCGGCAGCCGAGUUGGGAGUGGAUGAGGUCGCGGGGCAGAUUGCAGAGCUGGAGGAGACCCGAGCCAAGGUCACGCAGCAGGCGAUCCAGCGGGCCAACGCGGCCGUCGGCGGUGCUCCGAGCCCGCUUGGGGACGCCGUCCAAGGGCUGCUCACGCAGGUCGGCGCCCUUUCGGAUCUCCUCAAGCAGCACGGGUCGGAGCUGCCCCCUCGGUUCUCCGAGAUCGUCGGGAUUCUCAACACGCAGAAGGACGCGGUCGCCGAGGCGCUCAGGCCCCGCAGCAGCUCGGCCAGGACGCGGUGGGGCGACAGCGUCGGGGAUGAUGGCAUCGCGUCCGAGGAUGACGACAUGCCGCUUGACGUCGUGGCCUCUGGGGGGCCAGCGGCCGCCCCGCCCGCGGCAGCCCCGCAGGCAGGGCCUACCGCGGCUGGGCCGCAAGGCCCGCGGGCCAGGUCAGUGGAUGGGCCCUACGGCCCUGCAGCGGCCCGCGGCCAGCACGGGACGACCCUGGGCGCGUGGCCUCAGGUGGAGCCAGGCCUCGCUAAGGCCCUCGCCGAGCAGGGGGCGGCCCUCACGGACAGCGACCCCUUGGUGGCUGCGGCAGCUGUGGUGGAGGAGGCGCUGUGCUGGCCGCUGGCGAGCCCGCGGCCCUCGCAGGAGACGGGCGGAGCCGAGCACCCUUGCCCGAAGGGCGCGGCGUGCCCGGUGUCGGGCGCUGGCCAACGCGCGGUCCACGUGGCAGCCGUCAUCGGCAAGGCGCCGAUGGGUGACAGGGCAGGAGGCCAACAGCUCAGAGCUGGCCUCGUCUUGUUCGGCUGCAACGGCCACGCGUGGAGCAGGUGUAUUUGGGGCUUUGUAGCUUUCUUCAAGACGUGCAGCUACUGGCCCGACGUGGCGGUGCUCCAGGAGAUGAGGCUCCCGCAUGAGCGCCCGCCCAUGAUGGCGGCUCAGGGCCGCGGCCUGGGAGACGUUGCCUUCCCCCCUGAGGCAGAGCUGUCGGACAGGCAGGGGCCCCAGGCGACCUCAGACGGGGCGGCGAUCCUGGUGCGAGACGGCUUGCAGGCCGACGUGUCGGCGUCCUCGCUGCCCUCGGCCUUGCGGCACCGCCCCAGCGGUGUGGAGGUGACGGGCUUCUCUGCCGACAUCCCGUGGGACCUCAUAGCCUACUUCAACAUGGAGGAUGAGUCCCUUGAGGUGUUGGGAUGGCAGUGGCGGCACGGGGACACGUCCUGUGACCCUCGGAGGCGAUGUACCUUGGCGAGGGCGGCGCCCCCCUCUACGACUGGCUCGUGGCUUCAGCCCAUUGCCCAGCUCGGGGAGGGGAUCUACGCUUCGCUGGUCGUACACACGCUCAAGGUGACCAUGGCUGCUGCUCACUGCACCGCCAGAGACGUGCUGGUUGGCAAGGCCAUGGGAGCUUACCACCGCGGCAGCGGUCAUGCCGAACGCUGGGCCAAGGCAGGUGCGGGGCUGCACCGCGCCAGCGCGGUGGCCAGGCGCGGGUUCUUCGGCACGAUGGAGCUGGAGAGGGAGCUCUCAUGCUGGACGGCAGCCUCCCUCAUCUGGCAGGGGGUGGCCCUCGCCAAGUAUGGAGUCGGCGCAGCCGAUCAGGAGCUGAUGGCGUGCACCCACUGCGGGGCGACCGUGAGGCUUGGCGGGCGCACAGGCGCGGCGCCCGUGCUCAAGGAGCGAUGCCCUGGCUCUGCGGUGGCUCGGCCUGAGCCAGAGCAGCCGAGGCGCAGCGUCGCGCCCAGGCUUGAGCUGCAGGUCGCUGGAUGGGCGCGCUACUGGACCCAGGCUCCCGAGGUCGGCGAGACGAUGGAAUGCUACAGCGAGUGGAUGGACCACUGCGUCGGCUACGUCACGCAGUUCCUGUCCCAGCCGCGCUUCGCCACCAGGCUGCGGGCGCGUGGGAGGACGGCCGUAGAGAUGGCCGAGGAGAUCUGCGAGCGAGCCUGGGGGACUGGCAUGCCUGCGAGGCGUGCCUACUUCAGGUGGCGGCGCACGCUGACGCGGUCGCAGAGGAUCGUGUCGGACUGCAUGCGGCGUUACGACUAUGUGUGCCUGAGGACGUGGCUGGCCGAGCUGCAGUGGGAAGGGCAGCCUCCGCCCAUUGGCCCGCUCAGAGCGCUCCGAGCGCCUUCGGUGCCGCGGCAUGCUGGGCGCAGAAGGCGACGUAGAAGUGGUGAAUGGUCAGCCGCGGCUGAGACGGCGAGCGAGGGCAGGCGCAUGAGACGCCGCCGCGCUGUUGGUGACGAGGGGUAG